GUCUGUCAUUACAUGAAUGCACCACAACUUAUCGCUUAUAAAGUUGAAUCUACGUGUACAAUAAUGAAUGAUAUCAACUUCAGAGCGAAUCGACCCUUAGAUCUAACUCAUCAAGGAUCUGCCGAGAUAAUGGCUUAUGCUGAAAUUG